GCCCGAUUGCGUGCGGAGCGGCGACGUGCGUGACCGCGACGACGACCUCGGACCGAUUUCGACAAUCUGGGGGUAAAACUUUAUAGCUCACAUUUGCAAGAUGGGAAUUAUUCUCAGCACAUUAAUGCGCUCCUACCAAUACAUCAUCGAACGUUUUAGAGGGAAGGAGCCAAUCUGCGACAAGGUGGAACUCGAAGAAGUCAUCAUCCCCUCGGAGGAGACCAAGGAGGAAGAGAUUCAUAGUCAGGCCGGGAGCGUAUCAUCUGAGGAAUCCCAUGAAGGGUAUGAAUUGGCAUAUUUAAGUUCAGAUCACAUGAAGUUGCUGGAAUGGGCCUACGGUACCGAUGACAGUCUUAUCUUGAUGAAGAAAUUUAGCAUAAAAAUUACGGGAAAAGAUUUAAGAACAAUAACAGGAUCUGAUUGGUUAAGUGAAAAUAUUAUAAAUUUCUAUAUGAAACUGUUAUCACAGCGUGGAAAACUUGAAGAGUGGCCUAGUGUAUUCUCCAUGAAUACAUACUUUUACCCUAAAAUAUUAAGGCACGGCAUUUAUUCAGUUCAAAGAUGGUCGAAACGCAUCGAUAUAUUUUCUUAUGAUAUGAUAUGCAUUCCCAUCAACAUGCGGUAUUCUUGGGGAGUGGCGAUAAUCGACUUUAAAAAUAAAUCCAUUAAAUAUUACGAUAGUCUCGGCAAUGGUAAUAAUGUAUGCCUGCAGGUGUUGCUGGAAUAUUUGGAGUUUGAACAUUGGUUUAAAAAGAAGGGAUUAUAUGAUACUACUGACUUUAUAUUAGAAAAUAUCAUGUACGUUCCACCUGAAAUGAACGAGAUGAACUGCAGUCUAUUUUCAUGUGUCUUCGCAGAGCUGACUACAAGGAAUACCUGGUUUCCGUUCAAUGAAAGCCAUUUGCCAUACCUCAGAAAUAGAAUAGCAGUUGAAAUUCUUACUGGGAAACUUCUAAUAUCAUAAUUUAUUAUGAUUUCCCUAAAACUAUUUGAACUUAGUUUUGAAUCUUUUGGUUUAUCUAUAAUAUAUUUAUCUAUUUAUCUCUUGC